AUGGCUCAAGGACUGAGCCCUCCUCGUGCCUUCAUCGUCCAGGCCUCAGGCCAGUUGAUGUCAGUGGCCAACCGAGAUGAGAACCACAGCGAGGGACGUCCCAGGACUGGCAUGGCCUGUUGUUGUGUUUGUCAGUUUCACUUUGAGGCAAGGGCCUGGGAAAGGACGCCGGAGCCGCCCAAGCGGGCGAGCUGCGUCCCUGGGGCCCUGGUGGGGGAUAGGCAUUCUAACCCUACAGAAAAGAAAGGUUUGGUGGCCCCGGCACAACAGGUGGUGGAGGCGACGGAGGAGGACGAGGAGGAGGAGGAGAAGAAGGAGAAGAAGGAGAAGAAGGAGAAGGAGAAGGUCGACGGCGCUCUUCACGAUCACGUCCCAAGCAGAGAUGUGCUUCCAGUCCAAGUAGAGGAAGAAGGAGGAGGAGGACAUGUCGACAUUAUCGCAGGACAUGAAGUCAGGGUUCUGGAGGCCCAUGAGCGCACCCUCGGUGCGGAGCAUCCUUCCACAUUGCUCUCAGUCCACAAUUUGGCACUUUGCCUCCAGGCCAGGGGCCAGCUGAAGGAUGCAGAAGCGCUCUACAGGAGAGCUUUGGAGGCCCAGGAGCGCACCCUCGGUGCCGAACAUCCUUCCACAUUGUGGUCAGUCAACAAUUUGGCAAAUUGCUGCUCAGACAUGGGCCAGCUGAAAGAUGCAGAAGCGCUCUGCAGGAGAGCUUUGGAGGCCCAGGAGCGCACCCUCGGUGCGGAGCAUCCUUCCACAUUGCUCUCAGUCCACAAUUUGGCACUUUGCCUCCAGGCCAGGGGCCAGCUGAAGGAUGCAGAAGCGCUCUACAGGAGAGCUUUGGAGGCCCAGGAGCGCACCCUCGGUGCCGAACAUCCUUCCACAUUGUGGUCAGUCAACAAUUUGGCAAAUUGCUGCUCAGACAUGGGCCAGCUGAAAGAUGCAGAAGCGCUCUGCAGGAGAGCUUUGGAGGCCCAGGAGCGCACCCUCGGUGCGGAGCAUCCUUCCACAUUGCUCUCAGUCCACAAUUUGGCACUUUGCCUCCAGGCCAGGGGCCAGCUGAAGGAUGCAGAAGCGCUCUACAGGACUGGAAGUUAG